GGGGUCUUGUGGAGGGUUGCGCAACAGAAACAUGUCAUUGCGAUGGGUCUUACAAUGUGGUGUUUCUGCACUCAAAGGAAGUCGGUGCAUUCACCAGAGUGCGCCAUGGAGAAGUCUACUUAUACCUAUCGUGGUGGAGCAGACGCCUCCCAUUCAGAUCAUGAAAACCCGCUGCAUGAUCAUGAGGAAGGAUUACAUCAAGAUGUAGAUUGGAAUGCAGGGGCGAGGAGAACGUGCCUAUGAUAUCUACUCAAGGCUACUUAGAGAGAGAAUCAUCUGUGUGAUGGGCCCAAUUGAUGACUCUGUGGCCUCUCUGGUUAUCGCUCAGCUGCUCUUCCUCCAGUCAGAGAGCAAUAACAAGCCUAUUCAUAUGUACAUCAACAGUCCUGGUGGUGUAGUGACAGCUGGACUUGCGAUCUAUGACACCAUGCAGUACAUCUUAAAUCCCAUUUCUACCUGGUGUGUGGGCCAGGCUGCCAGUAUGGGCAGCCUGCUUUUGGCUGCAGGAACUGGAGGAAUGAGGUAUUCUUUGCCUAAUGCCCGGAUCAUGGUGCACCAGCCCUCUGGAGGUGUUCGGGGGCAAGCAACAGAUAUUGCCAUACAGGCAGAGGAGAUUCUUAAGCUAAAAAGACAGAUCAACAACAUCUAUUCUAAACACACAGGACAGCUUUUGGAGACUAUAGAGGGCGUGAUGGAGAGAGAUCGGUAUAUGAGUCCAAUGGAAGCGCAGGAUUUCGGGAUCAUCGACAAGGUCUUGGUUCAUCCUCCUCAGGCUGGGCAAGAUGAGCCAGAACUUGUUCAGAAAGAACCCACCAGCCCUGCAAAUGCCUCCACUACCCCUCAACAUCAGGCCUCUGAGCCAGGCCAGCCUGGCAGCAACCCUACCUCCUCCUACAAACCUGAACCCUGAAAUAGACUCAGGCAGGAGCGAGUAAACAAGUUAUACUGGUUCAGACUGUCUCUGUUGGGAGAUAUUUGAGGGGACAGUCACCAGCUCACACACCACAUCUGAACCCAGUGACUUUCCUUUUUGUAUUUAAAUUUUUUUGGAAAAGUCUCAUUAAUUUGACUUCUGAGACACAGUUCUGGAAUCUGGACAUUACAGAUGCAUCUGUAGAGAAGUGUGGAACUCAGUCUAACCCUCAAAUUUUUACACUGCAUAGAAAAAUAUAUCUAGCAAGACAUUCGGUUAAUUGUAAACAAAUUGGAUGGCAUCACAAUAUACAGUACAACAUUUGUUGUCUUUAUAUUCUGUGGAUGAGGUGUGUUACCAUGCCACAUAAUAUACUUUUGGUUGUAAAUGUGCCUCUUGUUUAAAUACAAUCCCUUUCAAGCAAGAUUUUUGUAGAUGAUGUUUCAAAUAAAUAAUCAGGUAAAAAAUGUUGGUUUUCCUUUCAGGAAAUAUCUUUCAUUUAACUUUGCAAUAUUACUGAACUUCAUUAAAUUUAAUGUUUGGCCCAAAUAAGGUCACAAGCUUCAAAGGGAUAGUUCACGAAAAAAUUAAUUCACACCGGAGAUGUAUUUGACUUAAUUCCUUUUGUAGAAAACAACGAUUUUUAGAUAAGUAUUAUAGCUCUGUUGUUCCAUACAAUGCAAGUGAGUGGUGGCCAGAACAUUUAAGCUACAAAAAACACAUAAAGGCAGCAUAAAAGUAACCUGUAUGACUCCAGUGGUUAAUCAAUGUCAAUCAAUGUCUUCAGAAGUCAGGUGAUAUGUGUGGGUGUGAAACUGUUCAAUAUUUUAGUCCUUUUUCUAUAAAUCUACAUUUUCACUUCCACAUUCCUUCUUUUGUUUUUUUGUCAAUUCUCAUUCUUCAUGUAUUUCGGCACCUGCUGGUCAAAUGUGGAGAUUUAUGGUAAAAAAAGUGGGACUUAAAUAUUGAUCUGUUUCUCAUCCACACCUAUCAUAUUGCUUGGAUAAUGGCCACCAUUUACUUGCAUUUAAAAGACCAAAUUGCUGAAAUAUUCUUCUAAAAUAUUCAUUUGCAUUCAGCAGAAGAAAGUAAGUCAUACACAUCUGGUAUGACAUGAGAGUGAGUAAAUGAUGAGAGCCUUUUCAUUUUUGUGUGACCUAUACCUUUAAGGUCAUGAGUAGUUUACACAAGGUAUGUGUAAAGAAUCCAAGCAAUAUCAAAGUCUCACUUUUUACUGUAGUUUUUAACAACAAACCUAGGUGUUCAAUUUUCUGAUACUGUAUCAUACCAUACAUUUCUCUAGACUGGAAAGGCUUUUCUCAAUUAUAAGAUAUGGGUAAACAAGUCAAAGAAAUAAAGCAUCAGA